GGAGAGUGCUUGUUACAAGCCAACUGUCAGGACGAGUGACAGUGUAUUGGAGAGUUCUUGUUACAAGCCAGCUGUCAGGACGAGUGACAGUGUACUGGAGAGUGCUUAAUACAAGCCAGCUGUCAGGACGAGUGACAGUGUACUGGAGAGUGCUUAAUACAAGCCAGCUGUCAGGACAAGUGACAGUGUAUUGGAGAGUUCUUGUUACAAGCCACCUGUCAGGACGAGUGACAGUGUAUUGGAGAGUUCUUGUUACAAGCCAACUGUCAGGACGAGUGACAGUGUACUGGAGAGUGCUUGUUACAAGCCAACUGUCAGGACGAGUGACAGUGUACUGGAGAGUGCUUGUUACAAGCUAGCUGUCAGGACGAGUGACAGUGUACUGGAGAGUGCUUGUUACAAGCCAGCUGUCAGGACGAGUGACAGUGUACUGGAGAGUGCCUAUUACAAGCCAGCUGUCAGGACGAGUGACAGUGUACUGGAGAGUUCUUGUUACAAGCCAACUCUCAGGACGAGUGACAGUGUACUGGAGAGUGCUUAUUACAAGCCAGCUGUCAGGACGAGUGACAGUGUACUGGAUAGUGCUUGUUACAAGCCAGUUGUCAGGACGAGUGACAGUGUACUGGAGAGUUCUUGUUACAAGCCAACUGUCAGGACGAGUGACAGUGUACUGGAGAGUGCUUGUUACAAGCCAGCUGUCAGGACGAGUGAUGCUAGCAAUAUCAACAAGUAAGAACCCAGGAAUGCGUGUGGCUGUGCUGGUGGUGAUGAUGGUAGUUGUGGUAGCACCAGACAACCUACCAGAGAACCCACCAGACAACCCACCAGACAACCCACCAGACAACCCACCAGACAACCCACCAGACAACCCACCAGACAACCCACCAGACAACCCACCAGACAACCAUACAACCCAACUACACAACAACUUAAAUGGAGGUAGCAUCAGGUCAUUCCUCGCCCACCUCCUCCGCACCCUGGAGGACAACAUUCUUCAGAGGGAACGGAACUUCGACGUUGUAAAACUUUUGCGUCUUCUGGGCUCCUCGGAGGAACACAUUCUUAGGGAUUUUGAGCAGUUGAAGACGAGUGUACAAGACGUGGCCGGAGGACUCACUGAGGAAGAGAAGUUAAGGUUUGAGAAUGCAUUCAUGGAAAUUUUGCGUAUGACACAUGAUGGUAACGUUCACCUGGACACAUACCUGAGGGACUUGCACAUUAUGAAGACACUUGUCUACCCACACCUUGGUGAAACAUACCAGCAGUGUCUCGACUACCUCGAGAAGGUAAUUACAAUGAUUAUGAAGCCUUGGCUGUGGUUCAAGAGAUGGUAGACACCUCAACGUCCUUUAAAACAUGGCAUAAUGGCAUAACAGACUGUCACAAACUGUAUAUACAUAUACUUUCGUCAGCAG